UCUGCAGGCGCAGAGCCCUGCGGGGGGGCUCGUGGGGCAGCAGCGGGGCAGAGCCCCCCGCUGCCGGGGGAGGCGAGGCGGCUCUGUGCUCCCGCAGGGAGCCGGGGCAGCCCCUCGGCUGGACCCCGAGGGGGUCUCGGCCUUUCCCUGGUAGUUGCUGAGCCGAUGGCUCGGGCGCAGCCACAGCUGGCAGGGGAUGGAGGACGCGGGGCCUUGGCAGCGCUCGCAGGGGGGGAGAUGCUGCGGGCUGCUGCCGGGGGAAAGGGGAGCACAACCCUCUUACGAGACAUCAGAGAAUCCGCACGGGUGCAAGCAGCCCGCUGGAGCCGCGCUGGCUCCCGGGCGUGGGGGGCCGGGCCGAGGCGGCCCCCGCGCUCAGCCGGCCCCCGCUGCCGUCCCGCAGAGCACAAGGUGAUCAUCGUGGGGCUGGACAACGCCGGCAAGACCACCAUCCUCUACCAGCUCGUCACGAGGGAGGUGGUGCACACGUGCCCCACCGUGGGCAGCAACGUGGAGGAGGUCGUCCUGCGCGGGACCCACUUCCUCGUGUGGGACCUCGGGGGCCAGGAGACGCUGCGCUCCGCCUGGAGCAGCUACUACUGCAACACCGAGUUCGUCAUCCUGGUGAUCGACAGCAGCGACCGCGAGCGGCUGCCGGCGACGCGGGAGGAGCUGCACAAGAUGCUGGCUCACGAGGACCUGCGGCGGGCGGCCGUGCUCAUCCUGGCCAACAAGCAGGACGUCAAGGACUCGAUGACGACCUCGGAGAUCUCCCGGCUCCUGACGCUCGGCUCCAUCAAGGACCACGCGUGGCACAUCCAGGGCUGCUGCGCCCUCACGGGAGAGGGCCUGCCCGCCGGCCUGGCCUGGAUGCAGUCCCGCGUCGCGGCCGGCUGAGAGGCCACGGAGCCGCGGCGGAGAGGGACGACUCGAGCAGGGGCCCCCCCGAGCCGGGAGCUCGCUGCUGCGGGGGCUGCCCCCCCCCCACCUGGGACCGCGAGCGGGAUCUCUCCUGGAUCGUCCCACCAUUCCCGGAUGGAUCGUCCUGUUCCCAUCAUGGCCAUGAGGAGCGAGGCUGGACGGCUUCCUGGGGCUGGCCGGGGGCCCGGGGCCGGGUCAUGGUGCUGCCCCCCCCCGCUGCCUCGGUUUCCCCGGGGGCCCCCAGCCCGGGGGACGCGGCUCUACCCCGUGGCCUUGCUGGGGGAGCCAGGGGAGCCCCUGCCCUGUCGCCUGCCUCAGUGGCGGAUGGGGGGGGUCAAAUCCCCCUCUGUGGGGGUUUUUUAUAAGCUGUUUUUAUAUGUGAUUAAAUCCUGCCUGUUUCACUCUG